GCGACUGUUGGAAAUUCGGCGUUCGCCGUUAUCCUUUUUGUUUGAAUAAUAUUGUAUAUUAUCCAUUAUCCGGUCAAAUUCGUCCAUAUCGCGUUUCGCGUAUUUUACUGUCUUCGUCGACAAGAAGCUCGUGCGUAUUGUCCGCCGGCGACAUUUUGACGAUGAUCACUGACACGGAAAUUCUUUCCGUUACUGAGAAAACAAUGAAUACUGUAGAUACAUCUGAUGCACUGGAUUUGACUAAAGAAAAUAUUAGACCACUAAGACAAGGUAGAAAACCAAUUCAAUUAGAAACUGCUUUACAAGCACAAUCUAAUAUGGAAAUUCAACAAAAGUUAAAUAAGGAGAAAGAAAAAUAUGAACAUGCUAUUCGUACAUAUGAGGGUGAUGAUCCUUUAGCUCCACAUUUUGAGUAUAUGAAGUGGUUGGAACAAAUAUAUUUAAAACACGGACCAGAAAGUAAUUUGAUGCCUUUAAUUGAAGAAACUGUACAGAAAUUCAAAGAUGAUUCAAAAUACAAACAAGAUCCCAGAUUUAUUACAAUUUUAAUUAAUUUUAUUGAAAACCAAUCAAAUGCUGUUGAGUUAUAUCAAACUGUUUACAACCAAGGUAUUGGUACAAUGUGUGCUUUGUUUUAUCGUGCGUGGGCAGAAUUAUUGGAUAGAUACAAUGAUUUUAAACGUGUGGAUCAAAUAUUUUUGUUGGGAAUUAAAGCUAAGGCUGAACCAGUUGAAGAACUUGAACAAGCUCAUCUCCAAUUCCAAUUAAGCGUUGCUAGGCGAAUGCUUAAUGGACAGAUAACAAAUGAUGACGAUAAGAACCAAGAACCCGAAAAAAGACAUGCAUUCAAUGUUUUAAAAAAGUCUGAAACGCAUAGUGGUGUCAGGCAUGGUUUUGGCGGAGUUAUUGGAAAAGUACCUCAAAUGAAUAAUGUCAAUGGAAAAAACACUGUUCUUCGGAUUUUUGAGGAUAACGAUGAGAAGGGAUUGCUUGGAAUCGCAACUAAUAAUUGUGAUCUUGCUCAAAAAGGCCUAAACAAAGAAAAUACAGUUAAAGCUGGACCAUGGACCAAACCUAAAAAGACUCGAUCAAAAAUUCUUAAACCUGUAUCGACUAUUGACUUUGAAGUACACCAGGAUAAUAAUUUGGAAUGUGUGACAAAAUUACCUGGUAUUACAGUUCCAAAUGCUUUACGUAGUAUAAAAGGAAAUACUAAUCUUUCCUGUCCAGUUGCUGUGUUUGAACCUCCAGAUCCUACUAAAAGACCUAUGUAUUGUAAAGAGAAAGUGUAUGCGGCUGGUAGAGAUGUGCAACUUGAAGAAAUUAGGUACGAGAUCUACUUAAAACAAGAAAAAGAAAAGCAAUUAAAAGAAAAAUCACAUUCAUUAAGUUUAACAAAAUCCCAACCAAAAGAAAAAAUAGUAAAACCUUUGAAAAAAGUUAUUUUGUCAGAAGAUAAUAAUGAAUUUAAGGUUCCACUUCCACUGCGCAACAAUGAGCCUGAUUCUUUGAGUCAAUCUGUCACUGUCAACACAAGAGUUGCAAUUGAUUUGGUUCAACAAAUGUGGAAUAGUCCAUGUGCAGAUAAAGAAGAAGAGUCAGAAUUAAUUUCAAGAGAUAGAAAACCAAUUGCGUUUGAUGCAUUUGAAGAAGUUGAUAAUAAUAUAAAGUCUUGUCCUUCAGAUUUUAUGGUUUAUGAAGAUAACAAAACACCAAUUGACAACAAAGUCUUUAAUAUACAAGAAAAAGAAGUGGUUAGAAAUCAAAGAGAUUUCUAUGUAUACACAGAUGAUAAUGAUCAAGGAACAAUUCAUAAAGAACCUACUGUAUUUGUUGAUUGCAAUGAUGAAAAUCAAGUGUACAUUGAUAAAAAUGAUGAAAACAAUGGGAAAAGUUUUAAAGUACCAGAUGUAUAUGUCGAUAAUGAUGAAAAUGUGUUCCGCAAAAAAAGUUCUAAAAUAAAUCAAUUGAUGGGUCAAAAAGGAAGUAGUAGUAUUAAAAAUGGUUCAAAAAUAGAAGCGAAAAUACCACAAAAUCAAGUUAAAAAUCCAAGUGAUUUCUAUGUUUAUACAGAUGACGACGAUCAAAUAAUUCAUAAAGAACAUGUACUCAUUGACCAAAAUGAUAAAAAUCAUGUAGAAAAUGAAAUUCAAGUAUACAUAGAUAAAAAUGAUGAUAAUAAUGGAAACGAUUUUAAAGUACCAGACGUAUAUGUUGAUAAUGAUGAAAAUGUGUUCAGCAAAAAAAGUUCUAAAGUGAAUCAAUUUAUGGGUCAAAAAGCAAGUAGUAGUAUCAAAAACGGUUCAAAAAUAGAACUAAAGAAUGAUAAAAACUAUAAACAACCUUGUGUUCAAAAUUAUCAAGUCUAUGAGGAUGACUCUUAUGAAACCAAUAAUACUGAAAAACAAGUAGACAAAACUAAAGACAAUUCUAUUAAUCCAAGUAAUGAAGGCAAGUCUCCUAUCAAAAAAAUUCAAAAUAUUGAAGUAAAUGAUGAUGACAUAACUUGCUCAACAAAAGCAUUUGCUUUUCUUUUGUCUAGUUCAACACCAUUGGCCCCAGGAAAAACCAAAACCAAUUUUGUCAUUGAAAAUCAACAACAACCACAAACUCAAAUUGAACCAAAUAAAAACAAAGAAACUGAAGAAUUUCAAUUGGGAAAAAAUUUGAGUAUGAUACUGGAAGCGUCUAAAGAACGUAAUAGUAGUACUUCAUCUGGAAUUAUUUCUUCAUCGGUUACAAAAGCAGAACAACAAUCUUCAAUUGAUUUUGGUGAUGCAAUUAAUCCUUUUGAUGAUGAAUUAAUAACCAAAUUAUUACAAAGAGUUAUUAAAUUUCCUAAUGAACAUCACAAAUCUGGUUAUGUAGAGCAAGAAUCAGAGUUACCAUUUAUGCGAUCUGAAUUCAAAUUGGGUCAAAAUAAAAUGACACUGCUUAAUGAAAUUGGUAAAGGAUCAUAUGCACGUGUGAUGAAAGUUAGAUUAGACGGUGAAAAUGCUGUAGAAAGAGCACUUAAAAUUCAAAAACCAGCAUGUGCUUGGGAAUGGUAUAUAAGUAAAGAAAUCAAGCAUCGUCUUAAAGAUUCUGAAAAAGCACUAUCUUAUUUCAUUAACAUGGAUCAGAUGUUUGUUUUCAAAAAUGGAUCAAUUAUUUCUAUGGAAUUUGCUACUCAUGGAACUCUAUUAUCUGUAAUUUUAGCGUAUAAAGUAGCGAUGAACCGCUCCAUCCCUAUAACUGUUGGUGCAUUGCUCAUUUUACAAGUGACAUCAGCACUCAAAUACCUUCAUCAAUGUCAAAUCAUUCAUGGAGAUUUAAAACCAGAUAAUGUCAUUAUUAAAACAUUACCUAAUCAAUGUGAUCAACCUUGUGUGCAGUUAAUCGAUUUUGGUCGUAGUAUUGAUAUGACUUUAUUCCCUCCUGAUACUACUUUUACACACACAGUGAAAACUGCUGAUUUUAUUUGUCAUGAAAUGAGAGAAAAAUUGCCUUGGACAUACCAGACUGAUUAUUUUGGAUUAGCUGGAAUUAUAUACAUGGUUCUCAUGUCAGAUUACAUGAAAACUCAAAAAAUACGUAAAUUAUGGGUGCCAUUGAAACCAUUUCCAAGAUAUAUAGACAAAGAACUUUGGGGCACUAUGCUGAGUAUGUUGUUGAAUAUAGAAUCAUGUAAGAAGCUACCUAACUUGGAUGAAAUUAUAAGGAAAUUGAACAAAUAUUUAUCAAUUCAACAAAAAGUGGUAUUGAAACAUAAUUUUACUAGCUUAAAAAAUGCAUUAAAAAAAAAUUAAUGUUUUGAAGUUUUACAUUUAUUCUAAUGAAUUUUUUUAUA